GGCUCCACUCAGUCAGUCAGUCAGUCAGUCAGUCAGCGAGGGCGCCUCCAGCCGCCGAGCCCGGGCCGUCCGGGGGGCGGGGAGGAGGAGAAGAAGAGGCGGAGCCCCAGCCGAGGCCGGGCCCUCCCCUCGCUCUCUUCGCCGCCGCCGCCGCCGCUGCUGUCGUCGUCGACGCUCUUGGUGGGGAAGGCGAAGAAGGGGCCGCCCGGCGGUGCCUGCUUUGGGCGGGGGCGUGCGCUCUCUCUCCCGGCCGAGGCGAGGAGGACGGGACGGCGGCUGCGGUAUUUCUUACAGUUGUGGUAAAGAGACAUCUUUUGAGCUGGAACCCCUCAAAUAACCUUUAAAGAUGAAGGCAGCAGAUGAGCCUGCCUACCUGACAGUGGGGACUGAUGUCAGUGCCAAGUACCGAGGUGCCUUCUGUGAGGCAAAAAUUAAGACUGUGAAAAGGCUGGUGAAAGUCAAGGUGGUUUUAAAACAAGAUAAUUCAAUGCAGUUAGUGCAAGAUGACCAAGUGAAAGGACCUUUAAGGGUUGGUGCAAUUGUUGAAACCAAGAUGCCUGAUGGAUCCUUUCAAGAAGCCAUUAUCAACAAACUGACAGAUGCCAGCUGGUAUACUGUAGUUUUCGACGAUGGUGACGAGAGGACGUUAAGACGGACGUCGUUGUGUUUGAAAGGAGAGAGGCACUUUGCGGAAAGUGAGACGCUUGAUCAGCUGCCACUAACAAACCCAGAGCACUUUGGAACACCAGUGAUUGGGAAGAAAUCCAACAGAGGAAGGCGAUCCUCUCUUCCUGUUAACGAAGAUGAAAAAGAAGAGGAAAGUAGCGAAGAGGAGGACGACGAUAAGAGACGCCUUAACGAUGAAAUGCUCGGCAAAGUUGUCAGCGUGACGUCUAGCCCCGACAAGGCAGACUGGUAUCCGGCUUUGGUCUUAUCCCCCAGUUGCAGCGAUGAGAUAGCAGUGAAGAAGGACCAGUGUUUAGUUCGGUCUUUUGCGGACUCCAAAUUCUAUUCGGUAGCGAGAAAGGACAUUGAGGAAUUAGACAUCCCAAACAUUACAAAAUCUGAGCUGUCUUCUAGAAAAGGGUUGCAGGAAGCAAGCUUCUUCGUCAGCCUGAGAGCCAUACCUGCAAGCUGGAAGAUGGACAUGCGCGAAAUCUUGGAAUCAUCCAGCAGCGACGAAGACGAGGGAGGCGAGGCAGGGAGCGACGAAGAGAAAGACAAAGCGGAGCAUAAAGAGGAAGAGGUAGCGCCUGAGGAAGAACCUGAUCCUGAAGAGAGGGACAUCUUCCUCCAGCAGCUUUACAAGUUUAUGGAAGACAGAGGUACUCCUAUCAACAAACCUCCUGUUUUAGGCUACAAGGAUCUUAACCUCUUCAAACUUUUCAGGCUUGUGUUUCAGCAGGGCGGAUGUGACAAGAUUGACAGCGGAGCUGUAUGGAAGCAAGUUUAUAUGGACCUUGGCAUUCCUAUUUUGAAUUCCGCCGCUUCCUACAAUGUAAAAACCGCCUAUAGAAAGUAUCUUUAUGGUUUCGAGGAGUACUGCCGCUCUGCGAACAUUCAGUUCAGGACGAUCCACCACAAUGACCCCAAAGUAAUAGAGGUAGUACAGAAACCGGAAGAACCCAUGGAGGAGAGCGUGAAAGAAGAGCCCGAGAUGUCCCCCACAGAAGUUCAGAACGAAGUCGAGGAAAACGAUUGCAGCAGCGAGAGUGAAAAAGAAGAAAUCGACCAGAGGUCUUCUCGGGUGCGGAGGAGGCUUGUUCGUAACGCCGCCAUAAAGAGAGAAAGUGAAGACGAGAAAACGCCGGACAAACUAAAGGACAGCAACAAGGAGAACAAAGAAGUAGAAGACCCGCCUAAUAACAUAGAGAAGAGGGAAAGCGAGGCAGCGCUCGAGAGCAGGAGGAGCAUACCAAAGCAGAAAGAGAAGAGAGCUAAAAAGGAAGAAGAGUCCGACAGGGAAUCUGAGGAAGAUGAGGAGAGGAGGGAAGAACUCGAGAACCGAGGAGAAUCGGAAGGAGAGGAGGGCGAGGAAGACGCAGAGCCGUGCCUAACGGGAACCAAAGUGAGAGUAAAAUACGGCCGUGGGAAAACGCAGAAGAUCUACGAAGCCAGCAUCAAAAGCACGGAAAACGACGAGGGCGAGAUUUUGUAUUUGGUGCAUUACUACGGCUGGAAUGUGAGGUACGACGAAUGGGUGAAAGCCGAUAGGAUUAUUUGGCCUGUGGAGAAGGGAGGAGCGAAGAAGAAGCAGAAGAAAAAAGCAAAGAGUAAAGAAGAUGCGGAGAAAGACGACAAGAAAGAAGAGGAGAAACAAAAAGCAAAGCGUGGACGCCCUCCUCUGAAAUCCACUCUCCUAUCUAACCUGUCCUGCGGUCUGCACAAGACCCCGAACAGCGAAAGUAAACCAGGGUCCCGAAGCGCACGCAGCGGCCUGCCAGAUUGCUGCCCCUUGCCUAACGGGACAGAAGGAAUGUCCCGCAGGCAAACAAGACGCAGCUCAGGAAUGUUGGAUUCUGACAGAGGGUCAAAUGACUCCAUUUCAUCCGACAGCGACGGAGAUGAAGCUUCUGAAAAGACUACCAACGAAGACUUUUCUCCAACAAAUUCAGAACUUGAAAAAGACGAAAAAAGUACAGUGGACAAAUCCGACGAAGAAACCCCAAAGAUCUCGCACGCGCUGAAGGAAAACGACAGGAAUCAAGUCCACCCUUUGGAAGCUUUGAAACUAGAAGUUGAAGAGAGUGAACAGGUCGUUCAGAUUUUUGCAAACAAAGGUGACCAAACGGAAGAAAUUAAGAAAGAUCUGGACAAAUCGCCCAAAGGGAAAGGGCGAAGGAGCAGAGCAAGAGACUCCGCUCUUGAGAAUGUAAAGAUGGCGCCACUCAAUCAGGACGAGGCUCCAAGCGAACAAGUCACAGAGUCUGAAAGGCUAGAUCCGUCUUCCUUGGACAGUAAAGGUUUAAGCGCCGCUUCUGCGACCGAAACAGACCUUUUCCCAAAAGAUAAGAAGCUUUUCAAAAGGAAAGUGGGAGAACAGGCCUCGCCUGACAAAAGGGGGCGCCUGGAGGGCGAGAUGGAUGUGCCAAAUAUUGCGUCUGAGGGGAGGGCGAAUAAGUGUUCAGGGACAGAAAAAUGUAAAGAGUUCAGUGCCGAUGACUCCCUCAGGAACGAAAAUGAGGAGAUGCCAUCCUUGGUGGCGGAGUCGGAUCAGCGCCUCCAAGCUCGGGGAGGCGACCGUUUUGAAUGUACUUCAGAGGAAAACUGCAACGCCCCGUUGAAAGACGAGGAAGACUCGAUGCCUCAGAUCGGGCCCGAAACGCUCCUUUGCCACGAAGUGGAUUUGGAUGACGUCGACGAGAAGGAGAAGAGCGGUCCCGACAAGCCCAUGGCGGAAAAACAAGACCCCAGCAAUCCCACUUCGAACCCGCCUGCCUUACCCCCCGUGGUUCAGCCAAACUUCUCCGUGGCUUCCCCCCUGGCCCUCAGUCAGGACGAAUCGCGAAGCGUGAAAAGCGAGAGCGACGUCACCAUCGAGGUGGACAGCGUGGCCGAAGAGUCUCAAGAAGGGCUCUGCGAAAGCGAGUCGGCCAACGGGUUCGAAGCUUGCACCACGUCUAGCAACGGCAGUGUCGCAGCCCCGGAAAGGGAGGUUGGAGAGAAGGGUCAGAAGAGGCCUUGUGACAGCAGCAACUCCUCCCUGGCAAAGAAACAAAAGCGUACCCCAAAGCGAGCCAGCACUGUAGCCAAAAACGAGAAGAACGGGACAGGACAAAGUAGCGAUAGCGAAGAUCUUCCUGCCCUGGACACACCAAGCAAGUGUGCGCCCGUAAAACAUCUUGGCAUGUCGAAGCCACAGAAGCUCACGCGGUCGCCUGCCAGAAUCAUACCGCCAAACAUCAAAGACGGCGAGAAGGACAAGCAGAGAGAGAAGAACCAUCAAAACGUUUCCCCCAGGGUGUACAAGUGGAGCUUCCAGCUCAAUGAAUUGGACAACAUGAGCAGCACAGAGAGGAUCUCCUUUUUGCAAGAGAAACUGCAGGAAAUCAGGAAAUAUUACAUGUCUCUGAAGUCUGAAGUGGCCACCAUAGACAGGAGAAGAAAACGGUUGAAAAAGAAAGACCGAGAAGUGUCUCACACAGGAGCUUCCAUGUCCUCGGCUUCCUCAGACACUGGAAUGAGUCCUUCAUCAUCCUCUCCACCUCAGAAUGUGCUUGCAGUUGAAUGCAGGUGAUACCAGACUCCUCGACCUUGUACAGCGAGUGGCUGUCAUGGACAAAAAUCCUGAAAAAUACCAUAGAAAGCACUCAGCUGGUUUGACAUUGCCAAGUAUAUUCUGUAUCCUCUUCCACUGCUGGACUGUGUUGGUCUCUCCUCUUCGCACCCCCCCUUCUCCUUCCUUCCUUUUUUUUUUUUGGUCAUUGUGGAUAUAUAUAUUUUUUUAAUUUUAACCUUUUUAUUGUGGAGAUUAAUUAAGCUAAUUGGCAACAGAAGGUUCAUAGGUGCACGUGGACACCUCGGUCUUUGUGCUUAUUCGUUUCACUUUGCUGUUGAAACAACAACAGAAAGGGCACUUAAUCAAAUUGGGGGGAAACGGAUGUCCAGUGAAGCAUUUGGGUGUUGCAAGGAAGUUACUUUUUAAAAAGAAAAAAAAAAGUGCACCAUAUAGGCAUCGAAUGGGUUCAGUCAGAAAAUGGAUUUACUGUUGCACUUUUUUUCCACUGAGCUGUAUCUUAAAUUCCUAGGUGAGAGUUCCCCCUCCUCUAUUUUUUGGGGUUAGGCUUUUCAUUUGGGUGAGGGGAGAGCACGUGCUAUAUAGACCUGCCAAAGUGUGUAUUUAGCCACGUGCUGAUGUUUUUUUUUUUUUUAAAGGUGUAAAUUGGACAAAAUAAAUUGUGAAAGGAAGCGUAGUUGACUGGAAACUACCGUCGCAACGAGUCUUCCACUUUUUUAUAGGACUUUCUGAGCACACGAUUAUGCAAAUAUUUUAAUGUUUAAUGUUUACAGUGGAAUUGUGAAUAGGUUUUCAGUGGACUAUCUUAUCCCUUGACAAAAGUAUUUUGUCUUUUUUUCUAUGUAAUUUCAGAGUUUUUAUUUUGUUACAAAAAGGCAAAAAAAUAAAAUAUAUAACAAUGAAGUUAUUUAACGAGAUUUCUAAAAGCUGAAAUUUUUUGGUGUGUGUAAAAUAAGGUAUCUUGCGACCUGUUAAAUAUAUUUAUUCAGACAUUGGAUGUUGUAUUUUUAUGUAUUUUUUAAAAAAAAUAUUAAGAAAAUUGGGGAGAAAGUCUAGGUUAGGUUCACUCUUUCAAUAAAAUAUACCUGUCACUUAUUAGAAAAAAACCACCCCACCCUCUACAGGUGGCUGUAUGUAUUAGCCAUACCUGUAUGUUAAGUGGUUUCGUCUGUUCAAUCUUCCACAGUGUAAAACUGUAAUCUGGCAUCUGGAUUAAACUAUAACCUGUCUUGAAAACUUUGGCACUCCUAGUACUUCUGUUGCUUUGAGGAACAAUUUCCCUCCCGCCCGCCCCCCUUUGGGUUGCCUUUAUGAUUCUGUCACUGCUUUUGUUUGCUGUACUUCUGAAGAAAGUUUUAUAUCUGCCAAAGUUGAGGUGUAUCACCAGUUUAGAGUUUAAAAGACUGGUUUGGCUGUGGAUUUGUCCCACAGACUGAAAACAGUAUGUAAAUAACUUUCCUGAAACCAUGUAUUUAAGACAGUUUGCAUAUACAUUGUGUAUAAAAAAAGUGAUUUUUAAUCAAUUUUUUUAAAAAAAAAACCUUCAUCUUUGUACAUCGAGAAGGGGUUUCGUCUCUUCCCAUGUUAAUAUGAUGUAGAGUUAUAACAUAGAUUCUCUAGACUGUGUCAAGAUAUUAAAGGGUUCACUGAAUCUGACGGCCAAGAUUGAGAGACUGAUGAAAUGGGGAGUCAUUUACAUAGCUAAAAUCACAAAAUGUUUCUUGCAGUUUCAUUUUGCCACAUUGUCAACGUGUGAUUCCAGUUCCUUCCAUUUUUUUUUUUUGCUGAGAACUAAAGGAAAAAGUCCUCUUGUAAAAAAAAAAUGCACUUUUUUCUGUCUUUUCUUAAGCAGAGCUAUUUCAAUGUAUGAUACAAAUCGACGCUCCGUGGAGAGCAUUAAUAAAGGUUAUGUUUUUAAA